AUGACAGAUACCUCCUCCCUCGCCAUCACGCACGCCAUCACGGAUUCAUAUCCGGGCUCCGUCCCUGCUCCUCUGGGCUCUCCGAUCGCGAAUGGGGCGAUUUCCGACUCGGUUGCGCCCGAUGAAGAGGAGCCUUACACGAUCAAAUGCAUCUGUCUUUUUGACGAAGAUGAUGGCAGCACGGUCUUUUGCGAGGGGUGCGAGACGUGGCAGCAUAUCAUCUGCUACUACCCUGACAAGAGGGUCCCAGAUGUGCACAACUGCGUGGAUUGUGAACCCCGUGCAUUGGACGCCCGUCGCGCCGUCGAGCGCCAACGUCAACGGCGGAUCCGGGAGCAGAGCGAGGAUGGUGACCGGAAGAAGCGAUCCGCCGCCAAGUCACACAAGAAAAAGGCUCGAGAGAGUGACCUCAAUGGAUUUGGACACCAUCGAAGCGAGUCUGCAGCUCGCGAGCAGCCUGUAGCCAAAAAGGCGAAAAAUGGCCACCGGUCCUCCGCGUCGAUCAGCACCCCUGCCACUGUUCCGUCAUUUCCCGUCGAAUCCCGGAAGCGUCGUUCGUCUACCUCGAUCGCACCAAGUCCCACGAAAUUCCCUGUACCUUCGAUUCCUCUUUUCUCCAACGAAUUCCUUAGUCUAUACGAUCACGACAAUGAACGCGUGGAUAUGGACAGCAAUCUCUUCGUCAACGUGAGUCUGCUGGAUAGUACAGCCACUUGGGUGAAACAUCCGGAAACCUUGUCACGGGUCACGAAUGGAGGUGCCGAGAACACAUUCAAUCGGUCCGACGCCGCGCUGGACAAAUCUCGCUGGCCCGUGCUCAAGACGGACGUCGUCACGGACUCAUCCAUCGACAUCGGCGGGCGACAUCCAACGUGGAAAAUCGUCCGAACGUUGGACCCAGUACGCAAGGAUCACGUUGUGGGUGAGAUCACCGGCAAGGUUGGCGUCUUUGAUGACUAUUGCCUCGAUCCCAAGAACCGCUGGCCUGAGCUUCGUCAUCCGGAACCCUUUGUCUUCUUCAGCUCUCAUCUUCCUCUGUACAUCGACAGCCGCCACGAAGGGAGCAUUUUGCGAUACACCCGCCGAUCUUGCCGUCCGAACGUGACCAUGAAGAUUUUUAUUACCAAUGAUGUCGAAUACCACUUCUGCUUCGUGGCCAAAGAAGAUAUUCCUGCAAAUUCGGAGAUCACGGUCAUGUGGUAUCUGGAUUCACAUUUCUUCGAAUCGACAAACGGUCUCGUCAAACAACAGGAAGAUUGUGCGACGGAAGCCGCCGCGAUUUGCAUCACAAACAAACGGCAAGCGCAAGAAACCAAAGGCGAAACCCGUCACCUCCCCCCGCGAACCGAAUCGCGCUUCCACCAGUCGUGCCGGGAGCGAGACCACAAGCAUCCCGAAGACGACGAGGCUGCGCUUGAGAGUCGAUCUUCCACUGGUUCAGCACGCGGCCAUCCACACAGUCGGGACCUCAGUCCCGCCAUGACGGGACCCUCUGAACUUUCGACGCGUGAGAAGCGGAAAAUCGCGGACGCCGAGAAACAAUUUCAGCAGCUCGAGCAACAGGACACUCGGCCCGCCGUGCACAAGAAAAAGAAACGCGCCAGUGGUCCACGUGCGAUUUCCCCCGUCGUCUCCACUAACGCUCAGAUGGGGUCCAUAGGGCCUCAUCGCGGUACAGCCAAGUCAUUGCACCUCGAUACAGCGCGUUCACAUUCACCAACAACUGCUACGUCUCCUGGGCUCGUCGUGGGCGGUCGUCAUGGUACACCUCGUAGGACUUCUGGGUCCAACACACCCUUUGCCCAAUCACCUCUCAGUCGCAUCGCCUACAGUGACACGGGUAUUCAGUGUGAUCUUGCGGGGUCUGAAUACGAUGCCGUUCGCGAGGCUUCUUCUCACAUGGGACCCGCGUUUGUCCCAAGAGGCCUGAGAAUCCUCGAGCGGUUCCGGGAUGAACGUGCUCGCGCACAGGAGUUGGCUCGGCAAGAGUUGUCUUCGGCUGGUUCUGAUUCUGUUGUCUUUGGUGGAAACUAUUCUUCGCCGACGCUGUCACCUCUGACGAAGCAUGAGAAAACCGAUGCCACCGUAUCUGAGUAUGGUCCUUCGAUGUCUCCUCCUACUCUAGUGAGCCAGAAAUCGGACGAACUGCCAGGUACGACCCCACACCUCUCGCCCGAUGGUGACCCGAUGGAUAUCUGCAAGCCUGUCAUUCCUCCUCCCUGGCCAUCAACUGCCGCGCAUAAUACCCGGGUUUCUCGGCCCCUCUCCAAAUUAAUUGUUCCCACGCCUCCCCCGACCUCUCGCAACGUUCAAGGUGCCGCCAGCCCGACCUCUACUUCUCAUUCAAGCAUCUAUUCGCCUUCCGCCCUGAAUGCUGCGCCGCAUCCGGCCGCCCCCUCACAGAGUGCUCCUGCUCCUGCUCCGACUCCUGCAAAGAAGAAGCUCAGCCUUGGAGAUUAUCUGAUCCGAAGGGGAACAAUGUCCACUCCCGCCUCUGAGAGGACGCAGAGCCAGGCUUUCACUGGUGCACAGCAGUCCCCUGUGACUUCUCUGCCCGGCGAUGCUGUUGAUACGAGUGAAGGCCCACCGCUGAUUCAGCCAGCAUCCGAUGCCCCUCUAGAAUCUCAUGGAUCCCCUGAUGUUGUCAUGAAAGACGCACCAGAGCCAACCCAGCCACCUUUAUCUUCCAUACCUUCAUGA